AUGAGUGAUCUUUUGGAACUUUUCAAUAUAGAAUUGAAUAAUUUUAAACAAAAUGAGCACAUUUCUAAAGGGUUAAAAGAUACUAGAAAUUUCAUAACAAAAUUAGAAACUUUAGAGAAAGAAUUAGAAGCUGAACAAGAUGAAAAAGAAUAUAAUCAAAUAAUAAGUGAAGCUAAUAAUCAUCAUAAAGUAUGGGAAUCAAAUUUAAAAUCAAAUUUAAAAAAUUCAAAUUCAACUUUAAAUAAAUUUAAUAAAAAUAUAUUGGAUAAAAUUUAUGAUUUUGAAUUAAAUGAUGUUUAUAUUUAUAAAAUUGAUAAGACCCCAUCAAAUCUGAAGCUUAUUGAUAAUGCUAUAAAGCUACAUUUGAUAAGAAAUGGUGAUUUAGAUAUUAUAGUGGAUAAAAAUGAUGAUGAUAAUGGUAAUGAAGUUUCUAAUGAAGACCCAAGAAUUGACUUAAGUUUAUUAAGUAAAUUUACAGAAAUGAAUCAAAUAUUGAAAAAAAUCCAAAAUAGAGACUUGAGUGAUGCUAUCCAAUGGGCUACCAAAAAUGAAAAUAUAUUAUUAACUCAAAUGGGAUCAGAUUUAGAAUUUAAUUUACAUAAAUUACAAUAUUUAGAAUAUUAUCAUUCAGGUCAAAUUUUUGAAGCUGUUAGAUAUGCUAAAACUUGGUUCCCAAAAUUUAUUAAUUCAAAUUCUUCAAAUCUGACUGAUGUUUCAAAAUUAAUGUCUUCAAUAUUAUUUAAUCAUAAUGAUUCAAAUUCUCCAUAUCAUAAACUUAAUAAAUUAUCAAAUUCAAAUUUUCAAGAAAUUUCUAUAUUAUUUUCAAAAAAAUAUUGUUCAGUCUUGGGAUUUUCAUUUGAAUCUUCAAUUUUUUUAAUCUUAUUAUCUGGUUAUAUCUCAUUCCCAACUUUUUUAAAAUUUAUUCAAAUUAAACAUCUAAACAAUAAAUUAGAUUGGACAACUCAUAAUGAAUUACCAUUUGAAAUUAAUCAACCAGAUUUCUUAAAAAGAUUUCAUCCAAUUUUCAUAUGUCCUGUUUCAAAAGAAGAAACAACUUUGGAAAAUCCUCCAAUGGCAUUACCAUGUCAUCAUAUUCUUUCCAAACAAAGUUUACAAAAAUUAAGUAGAAAUGGUGGAAGUUUUAAAUGUCCUUAUUGUCCAACAACUUGUAUUCCAAGUCAAUGUAAACAAGUGAAUUUUGGUAGUAUUUGA